AUGAUGGAGACAAACGUCGAGGAAUUGCAUCUGUUAGAUGCAAAGACAAUCGCACAGCGUCUGCGACAAGAUCAACAAGCAUGCCGAGACAAAAAGGUACCAAGCAACCUGGCAAUUCAACUAUCUUCUGCUUCAGAAACUCUGUUUGACAGAGUAGCCAAGCAUCUAUCGCCACACUGUUCUUCCAACAAAACAUUGUACUGGUUCCAAUGCAACAGCAUUAUCGAAGGCAUCAAGGCUUACCUGGGCCAGUUGGAAGUGAUGGGCCGACCCGAGACUGAGAAACAUACAUCCAUAGAUAGGAUGCAUGUUCCAACAUCAGACCAGUUGGAAACAACUCUCAAAGUGCUGGACUAUCUUCAGAAACACCAAGUGGUGGCUCCAACAGAGCCUCUGCCAGGGGUUCUUGUUGCCUUACAAGGCCAACUUUCCAUGGACAAUAAUACUCGAUACAGACAACAUGAGAGAUUCCAAAGACAUGACGCACCGAAGGACUCGGGUAUGAAGAAACGAUGCUAUAUCUGUCGAUACCGUUUCACGCCGACUGAUUCUCACGACUUAUACCCGUCGCUAUGUCGCCAAUGCGGCAUGUUCAAUAUCAGCUCCUCAAAUCUCUCGUUACCACAUAAGCUCAAUCUCACUGGUAAAAUUGCCCUCGUUACUGGUGGGAGAAUAAACCUGGGCUACGCCACUGCAUUGAGACUCCUCCAUUGCGGCGCCAAAGUCAUCGUAUCCUCUCGGUAUCCCGCCGAUGCAGCAACCCGUUAUUCCACUGAAGCAGAUUUUUCUCAAUGGGAGAAAAAACUGAAAGUCGUCGGCGCUGAUUUCAGAACCGCAAAUGAUGCUUUCCGACUAGUGCAUAUUGUCAAACAAUUACUCCACGUCUGGGAUGACGAGGCUCCAUCUGAUCCCCCGCAAUCCCUAGACAUCCUGAUAAACAACGCAGCACAAACCCUCACCGAUCCAAUCAAAGCAGAAGUAAAAGCAAUUUCCAGAGAAGAGACUCUCUGCAAAGACACCCCACAGCUCCAAGCCCUGAUGGCAGGAUCCGAGAAAGACAGUUAUACGCCCCGAGUCAGAGGCGGACAGCAAGCAACCUGGAUUCCACGUAUAACAAGCAGCAAUCCACCAGAUCAGAUUGAAAAUGCUACCAACCCGCAGCUCACAAAUCAAGUAGCCACCAAAGGCCUCAGAACAACAAACAAUGAAGAUGAGCCAUCAAGGUCAUCCUGGGUCCAGUCUCUCAACGAAAUCCCCUACGCCGAUCUGAUAAGCGCCCACUCUGUCAACGCCUUCGUGCCUCUUAUUCUCUGUCGCGAACUCCUCCCAGUAAUGGGGAACCCGCCCGCCGGCGCAUCCACCUGCUCUCCGCCCACACCAGCGGGAUACAUAGUGAAUGUCUCAUCCCGCGAAGGCAUCUUGGAAGAUACACCCGCGUCACGAAGCAAAGCCGGACACCACGUUCACACAAACAUGUCCAAAGCAGCCAUCAACAUGAUCACAGAGACAGAGGCACAGGCGGCAUGGAAGGGACGUCGGGUGGCUAUGAAUUCGGUUGAUCCGGGGUAUAUGAGUGCUGCGCCGGAAUGCCAGCCUGCAGAUGGAUGUCCGAUUGGGUUUGAGGACGGUGCCGGGCGGGUUUUGUGGCCCGUUGCUGUUGGUGAGGCUGAGGAGGAGGCUGUUUGGGGACGUUUCUUGAAACACUUCCGGGUUGGGGUUGCUAUUACUCAGAGGGGGUAG